AUGACGAGCGUCGUAGCCUGGCCACAGAGCACAGUCAACCUGGAGGAGGGGUCAAAUCUCGGAGGCUGUAUCUUCAACCUUGGAGGCGAAACCAUCAAUUACUACGACCUGAAGGCGCAAUAUGCCUACGAGCUCUGGCUCGACAUUUGCGAUGGCCUGACCACAUCGACAGAGUCGUCCACAACUAGCUUGACGCAUAGCUCGACGGGUAGCUCCAGCACGACCCUCUCUUCAACCACACGGACAUCUUCCUCGACAGUGUCAUCGACAUCUGAUACCUCCACCACGACUAAGAGUACGACAUCGCAGACUUCCACUUCAACUUUGAGCACGACAUCCGAAUCGUCGAGCACGACACGGUCAUCGUCAACACAGAGUUCUAGCACGACGUUGACAACUACGUCGGACACCUCUUCCACGACAGAGUCAUCGACAACGGGGACCUCCUCUACGACAUUGAGUUCGACAUCCGAGACUUCUAGCACGACGAUGUCCUCGAGCACGACGCUGACAACUACGUCAGACACUCUGCCACGACACUGA